UCUCUUGGAUAGAUGGGUAAAGAGUUAUAGGCACACUUCUUGAAAGUUUCAAAUACUCAGCGAAUUUGACGGAUGACUGUGACUGAUCUGAGGACUUGUGCUUUUAAGUAACAUUAAAACGUAUGCCUUUUUCGGAACGGCCGGCGAGGUUGUGGGGUCUUUUUUUGUGCGUAGUAGUCGUUUAUUUUCUCCUCUCCAUUUGUGAAAACGGUUGUGGCUCCGUGACGAAACGCUGCAAGGACGGGCAUCUAACCCCGAGGAUACGAUGACAGCGAUUAGAAUGGUUUCAUCAGUGCUGGUGCUGGUGCUGAUGCAGUCCGGAGCGCUUUGCGCACGGAGGUUCCGGGGUGGCCGCAACCCACAACCGCGGCGCGCACCACCUCCUCCUACGUACCGGGCCGACCGGGGCGACACCACGGAGAGCUUCCCUCUGGAUUUCACCGCCGUGGAGGAGAACAUGGAUAACUUCAUGACACAAGUCAAGAACCUCGCGCAGUCCCUGUACCCGUGCUCUGCGCAGAAGCUCGACUACGACAUGAAGCUGAACUUUUUGGAGAAUACAUCAGUCACCUGCAACGACGGAAGUCCUGCGGGGUACUAUCUGAAAGAAUCGCGAGGCAGCAGACGGUGGUUGAUAUUCUUAGAGGGUGGCUGGUACUGCUUCAACAAGGAGAACUGCGACAGUCGAUACGAGACCAUGAGGAGAUUGAUGAGCUCAUCCAAGUGGCCCCAAACUAAAACAGGCACGGGGAUCCUGUCUCCACUGCCGGAGGAAAACCCUCACUGGUGGAAUGCCAACAUGGUGUUCAUCCCAUACUGCUCCAGCGACGUGUGGAGUGGCGCUACGGCAAAAACUGAGCAAAGUGGCUAUGCCUUCAUGGGCUCACUGAUUAUCCAGGAGGUGGUGAAGGACCUGCUGAACAAAGGUCUGGACAACGCAAAGGUCCUCCUCUUAGCAGGGAGCAGCGCGGGUGGCACUGGGGUCCUGCUGAACGUAGACCGUGUGGCGGAGCUACUGGAGGGACUAGGGCACACUGGGAUACAAGUGCGAGGUCUGUCGGAUUCUGGCUGGUUCCUGGACAACAAACAGUACCACUGCACAGACUGUGUGGACGCUGUCAACUGUUCACCCACUGAGACCAUCAAAAGAGGCAUAAAGUACUGGGGAGGAGUGGUGCCAGAGAGGUGCAAGCAGACACAUCAAGGAGAAGAGUGGAACUGUUUCUUUGGAUACAGAGUAUUCCCGUCAAUAAAAAGCCCUGUGUUUGUGGUCCAGUGGCUCUUUGAUGAGGCCCAGCUGACAGUGGACAACAUCCAGCUAACUGGACAACCUGUGCAGGAAGGCCAGUGGCGCUACAUCCAAAAUCUGGGCAUAGAGCUGAGAAACACUCUCAAAGAUGUCCCGGCUAUGUUUGCUCCAGCAUGCCUAUCUCAUGAAGUUAUCACCAGGAAUUACUGGAUUGACGUGCAGGUUAAAGGUACCUCCUUGCCCCGAGCACUGCACUGUUGGGACCGGAGCCUCCACGACAACAGGAACAACAAAGCCCCGCCCAAAGGCUGCCCGGUGCAUUUGAUCGACAGCUGCCCAUGGCCACACUGCAACCCCACCUGCCCGACCAUACGAGACCAGUUCACUGGACAAGAGAUGAACGUCAUUCAGUUCCUCAUGCACAUGGGCUUCGAUGUGCAGAAGAUGGCUCAGCAGCAGGGCAUGGACCCCAGCAAGCUACUGGGCAUGCUCAGCAGCGGCAGCUAAAGGGACACACACACACACACACACAC